CAACAUCAUCAUUUACCAGUUUUGAUAAUUAUCAUCUAAAUUCAUUUAGACAGACGAUUAUUAAUCAAUAUUCCAUUUCCGAGGUUCAGACAAAUACAAACCUAGUUGAUAUCUUCAGUCUAAGUCUUUUCAUUGCAAUUGCAUGAACUUAUCAUGUAUGCACACACACAUGCGGAAUUCCGUCCAUGACGUCCAUGACCACAAAGGAUCCGAACUUUUAACGAAAUUCCGAAUUCCCCAAAUAAUUUUUGAUCAAUUCGAAAACCUCCACUCUCACAAAGUACAACCUUACGUGAGCCCCUUUUUUGGAUUAUAAAAUAUCCAAUUCCCUCUUGAAUCAACAAGCGAAAUGCCAUUGUAAUUCUAGAAAACCGAAAUGUCAAAUGGAGGAAAUGCUGGGAAAAAAUCCUCUUCUUGUAUGUAUUCUAGCUACCCCUCUACUACAUCAUCCAAAAAGAAUUGAAACUAAUAUACCACCCCCUUCCAGAUUUCCACUUCACAGCAGGAUUAGGAUCAGGAAUCCUCUCUGCAGUUCUCCUCCAACCUGCCGAUCUCCUCAAAACCCGCUUGCAACAGAGUAACCAUGCUUCCCUAUACACUACCAUCCGCGAGCUCUCCCAAUCCCCGAAUAGCAUUCGAUCUUUUUGGCGAGGAACCGUUCCCUCUGCUCUUCGCACAGGUUUUGGUUCUGCGAUUUAUUUCACUAGUUUGAAUGCGCUACGGCAGAAUGUAGCACGCUCGAAUCUUUUGAGGACGAUAGGCGUUGUGGAUGCGAAAAAUGGUCCGAUGCAUUCGAGCUCACUGCCUAAGUUAUCGAAUCUAGCGAAUUUGACUACGGGCGCUGUGGCGAGAGCUGGAGCGGGUUUUAUACUCAUGCCUAUGACUAUUAUUAAAGUACGAUAUGAAUCGAAUUUGUACGCUUAUAAAUCGAUCAUGGGCGCUGGAAGGGAUAUAUUCCUCACCGAGGGAUUCCGGGGAUUUUUCUCUGGAUUUGGUGCUACGGCUAUUAGGGAUGCUCCUUAUGCGGGAUUAUACGUGCUCUUUUACGAACAGUUAAAGAAACGUUUAAGUCAUAUUGUGCAUUCAGUACCUCAAGCUGAGGAAUUAGUCGAAAAUCUGGGUGUGAGGAAAAAUAUGAAGGGGAGUACGAGUGCAUCUAUAAAUUUUGGAUCGGGGGUAUUAGCAGCGGGUUUGGCAACUGCCAUAACGAAUCCCUUUGAUGCGAUUAAAACGAGGAUCCAGUUGCAGCCGAAGAAAUAUACGAAUUUGGUUAUGGCGGGACGGAAGAUGGUAGGGGAGGAGGGAGUGAAGAGUCUUUUUGAUGGGUUAGGUUUGAGGAUGGGGAGGAAGGCGGUUAGUUCUGCAUUGGCUUGGACGAUUUACGAGGAACUUAUUAGAAGGGCUGAAUUGGCUUGGAAGGGAGAAGAGGUGAUUGUUUGAUCUUGGGGAAGGGGGCGAGGAAAGCCGGGCGAUUCACUACUCAUUAUUGAUUUGGGAGUUUGUAUGAUUACCUUUUCAGCAUAGAUAAAAUUAUGAUAUCCACUUUAUUUUCUGCAUGUUUUGUUUGAUUGUUUAUUCUUAUUUCAUGAUCGUUAAUGCCAUUCGUUAUAUUGUGGGUAUUCAAGCUCAGUACAUAGAAAAAGGGAUGAGAGUUCAUCCAAGAAAGAAAAUAAAACACACUAACACACAAACAAACAAAGAAAGAAAGAAAGAAAGAAAGAAAGGAAGCAUUCUCAUCAUCAAACUCUUGCUCCAUCCAGAUCAUUUAUCUUAUCACUCAUCCCUCAUUAAAAACC